AUGGCUGCGCCACAAGUUCCACCUCAAAGCCAAGUUAUCCUAGAUCUGACUAAAAAACGUUUUCGCGACGACGAUGCUCUGAAAAUACGUUUACUCUCUACUGUUGACCAGAGUCAACCGAUCAGCAAUCCAUGCGAUCCACGACCCGAGGAGCGUUAUUUGGAAUAUCCAUAUCUAUAUAAGCAAGAGAAGAUAAUCCUAAUGCCCGAUCUUGUUCGACAGGCCUUGUUUACAAGUACGGUUAGGCACGCAUUAUGGGGUGUUUUUUCGUUAUUGAAUUUUGUAUAUUUCGUUGUGGAUAACAAGGUAUUCCUGUGGGAAUACGAGAGAGCAAAUGACAACGAUGCCAUAGCUUAUAUAGAUGUACCGGAACGAUCUGUCACGAAUGUUCAGCUUGUCAAAGCGCGUCCAAAUUACUGGAUCGAUGCUAUCCAGUAUAUUAUGACUGUUGUAACUGAAGAGAAGAUUCAUAUAUGUGGUAUCUCCCGUGAGAAUAAGAAAACCGCAAUAUACAACAGUCCCUCCGAAGUGUAUCACUCACCAACUACUUUGGCUGUAAAGAUGAUUGUUGGUUCGGACAAUGGGCGUAUCUUUUUAAUAGCACAGAGUGAUCUUUACGAAUUGAUAUACCAGGAGGAAGGCUGGUUCCGUCCAAGAAUUAAUUUGGUAAAUCUAAGGUCCAGCUCUAUACUUCCAAAUUGGUCAAUAUUUCGUAGUGGAGCUCCUGUAAAGUACCUGACGAUCGAUAAUACGCGUCGAACGUUAUUCGUGUUGUUAGAAGAUAAUACUAUCGAGAUGUAUUUUUUGGGACAAGAUGGAAACAGCUUUAUAAGCAAGGGCAGAUUUGACCAAAGUUCAAAGGAGAGAAUGAGGUUAAAAAGACAGAUUGGUGACAAUAAUAUGAUGGUAACUGUUGACCCAGGCGACUUUAUUUCUAUACACGCUGUCUCAAAGACAGAAUCUGCUCAAUAUUGUCUUGUUGCGGUUUCAGAAUCUGGCCAUCGAUGGUAUUUUUCAUGCACGAAUAACUCACCCUAUGCCAGUUACUUAUAUCCCCAACCAAUUGAUUCAAGGAUACGGGAACCAGACAGUAUCACUUUUGCUCAUAUUCUUUCUCCUCCGCCCAUCGAUGCACCUUCCACGACAACUGGUCGUUUGUCAAACAAAUUUCAAAUGGCUCGAUAUUAUCAUGGUCUAUUUUUCGCCAAACGAAUUGAGGGUGACCAGACUACGCUAAUUCAGACAGCGCCCAACUUUGGCGCUAUUUAUGAACAGUUAGACAGAAAUCAAGUUGACCGAGGGUCUGUUAGACAUUAUGAGCUCUAUUGCGUUAGUACACUCGGACCUGCCCGUAAUCUGUAUGAAAUUACGGAGAAGUAUAGUCCAUUGUGUGAUCCCAAUAAGAAUGAUGCCUACUUUAACGAGUUGAUAAGCCAGUUUGCAAAUCCCAAAAGGAGCUUUGUUCUUUUGACGGAAAAAAGCGUUACAAUGUGGACAAAAAUGCGCCCUGUUGAUUUUUUGAGUGUUUUUCUGGAACGAUUUGAACAAGAUUCAAACGCAACUGAGCUCGAUAAAUUCAGGCGGAACUAUGGCGACGUUGAGACAAGCGCAAUGUGCUUUUACAUAGCAACUCCAUCGAGCAGAAAUUUAUUAAUGCAACUGCGUGUCAAUCUUGCUCGGACUCCAUUCACACUGCCAGAGUUAUCAAACGCUAUUAUUGUUAUUGGUAGUCCUAGAGAUACUAAUCCCAACAGAAUGGACACAAACAUACCACAAGCAAUUCUCGAUGAAAUCACACCAAAACUUUUGAAGACGAAAUUGUUCUUGGAAACUUAUCCCGACUUUGGUAUAUUUCCGCAGAGUGGGGAUAGAACACUUCAGCAACCACCCGAUUCCUUGAUUCCUCUCUAUGAAUUGCUGGUCAAAUGUGCAGAUACUAUACAGUUUGUUAGGUUAAUGAUAGGUUACAACUUGCCUGAAAUUUUGUCGAGUUUGUCGGAGCGCAGCCGGAAAGCUAUAGCUGAAUCUACAUACGAAGAAUUAGUUACCAAUAAUAUUGCUAGGAAAAACUGGCAAGAACUAGUAUUGGCUAUUAUCAAACGGGAAAACGGUCCACAUGUCGACACGCUGAGUCGUGCCCUUGAGACUUACUGUAAAACUUUUUGCAAUGCAGCUGAUGUGCAGAUAUUCAGGGCUUAUGAAGAGCUUCAGAAUGCUAAGGUUGUCGAUGGGUCAACCGCUCCCAAUAGUUUAUCCAAGGCUUUAGGGUUGUUUUGUGAAGGCAUCGAGAACAUGACCUUUGGAACGUUGGAAAACAUUUGCACAGAAUUCCAGCAAUUGGGAUAUCAUUCGGGAGCGAUUACGCUUGCUCUCUCUGGUGCCAACAAAUUAGAUGUUAGCCACAGGCAACCAUAUUAUGACCUGGUGAUAAAUAUAAUGAGGGAUGCUGACGUAUUUAGCGAUAGACCAACCUAUUACGAUGAGCAACAAAGAGAUGUUGUACUUGAUACUGCUCUCACCGAUGCAGCUAACUUAAACGAUAAGGGUUUUAUUUUUGCAGUAUAUGACGAGUUUUUCCGUGCGGGAACCAUUCGUAGAUUAUUUGAGCUACCGUAUCCAUAUCUUGAUGAGUAUUUCCAACAUAACAUAACUCCGGAUGAAGUAGGAUUAAUAAAACAGGAGCUCUAUUGCGAUUAUUGUACGAUACGAAAUAAUUCUGCAAAGGCAGCCGAGAUUAGAUAUAAUCUGGCGCAUUCGAGGGACUUCAAUAUAAACUUGGAUAAACGACUUGAAUAUCUCAGUCGGUGUGUAGCGGAUGCUCGAAGCGCGCAAAUAACUACGGAUACGCGCGAAAUGGUAGAACGAUUACGGAUUUACGAAGAUUCACUGAGAGUGGCACAUGUCCAGCAUGAGAUUAAACUGGAACUAGAAGCACGAGGAAUACGGGCAGACGAGCUUGAUCGAAAUUUGAUUGAAAGACAGCAGCUUUUUGAAGAUUAUGCAGAAAAAUACAACCUGCACGAAAUUAAAUUAUCACUUUUUAGUGCAAGUGCUCGGCCCCAUAUGCUUGACGUGGCAAACGUAUGGAGAGAAAUUAUUGACAAUUGCAAGUAUUUUCGAUUAAUCAUUAUUCGUCCAUCAUUCGAUGCUGCAGCCGAAGUAGUCAUCAGAUUAGGACGUAAAUUUGCACCAAGAGACUUGUAUGUCUUUCCUAUUGGAUACCCGCCACGUGGAUCCUUGGUCCGAGUCUUGUUGAUGGCCAACGCAACAUUUCACGAUAUAUAUGAAGCCUUGGAUCAUUUAAUUAAUGAGAAGCCUCUACCUCUUCAUGAACGAGACGCUACCAUAUUUAUGCUCGGUGAAUUGGCAGAAUUACUUACUCAAUGGAUUCAAUCUGGCCAGUUGAUGUAUCACGACAUAAACAGAAUCUUGAACAGUUACUCGCGGUAUCUCCUAGCAGCGCAGAGCCUGUCGAAUGGUCCGGCAACUGGUCCUCUCGCUAACGAGUUUGCUGAUAUAGAAAUUAAACUUAGAUCAUUAUCAUGA